GUUUAUCAUAUCACUAGGACCUUGGGUGAAGGAAGUUUUUCGAAAGUUGUUGAAGCUAAACAUGGACCGAGUCAUCAACUUGUGGCCCUGAAAAUGAUCGCUAACGAUGCAGUUGACCGGAAUGAAAGAAUGAAGAGUUCGGUAGGAAGAGAGAUUGGUGUCUUACAGCAUAUUCGACAUCCAUUAUUGAUAGGAAUGAAAGCGGCUUUUGAAACGGUUGAUACGCUUCAUACAGUCUUGGUACUUGAACAUGUGGGAGGAGGCGAAUUGUUUGAUUUGGUGGGAAGAGCUCAUGCUUCCUUUACUGAUGAGUUUGUGGAAAGGAGUAUGGGUGAGUUGGUUGCUGCUAUUGGUUGGAUGCAUCAACUUGGACUUGUUCAUCGAGAUAUUAAACUUGAAAAUAUUAUACUUACUAGACCAUUAUUUGUGGAUGGAUCAAUUGAAUUACCACCAAAGUCUGAACCGAUGAUCAAACUGACUGAUUUUGGAUUAUCAAGGUUUAUAGACUUAGAAGGAAGUUUACUUAGCACUAGAUGUGGUUCAGAAGAAUACGCAGCACCUGAAUUGAUCCUUGGAAAAGCGUAUGAUGGUAGAAAAACAGAUGUUUGGGCAUUAGGUGUUGUAGGCUACGCUUUGGUGGUGGGAAGGUUACCGUUUGGGGGAAAUAGUAGGAGACAGAUGUUGGUGAAGAUUGCUAAGGGGUCUUAUGAAUGGCCAUCCGAAGAAGAAGGGGAGAAGGGGAAGAUGAAGGGUGGUGAUGGUAUUAAGAGUUUGGUGGAAAAGAUGUUGGUAAGAGAAGCUGAAAGGAGGAUACGAAUUGAAGAACUUGAAGGGUUUGAAGAGUUUAAAGAAAGAUGGAACCACAAGGGAUUGGGUAGAAGACCGAUUGAAGGAUCUGAAGCGGCUAGAUUCUUGGCUGGGGAAAUCUUACCGAUUGAAACUUAGAAAAAAUUUAUUGAAUCAUCUUUCAUUAAUUAAUUUUGGAGAAAGGUUGGUUUAUGGUUUGAGAAAAUCUGGAAAACUUUGAUACCUUUUUUUUUUUUUUUUUGAAAAACUUGGAUUUUUUUUCUUGGUUCUUUUCUUUCUUUGCUUGGUUCUUUACUUUGUUUGUUUGUUUGUUUGUAUGUUUUUUCUUUGGAAAUCGGUUUUGUUUGAUUAGUUAUCCUUUUCUUUGAGAUUGUGUAUAUAGUUUUUCUCUUUUGAUUAUCUUUUCCUUUUUUCUUUUUCUUUUUGAUCUUUUUUAUUUAAUCUUUUUUUUGAAAUCUUUAUGUUUUAGUAUGUUUUUUGAUUUUCUUUUCUUUUCGUGUUUGAAAGAAUUGAAAAUGAUUUUUUUCUUU